AACCUACAAGCCGGACUCUUGGGCCGCUUGGCUUCGCGCAUGUGCAGUAGAGAGUGGCGCGAAUCAGCAGUUUCCGGCCGAAGAUCACGAUGCAAGGGGAGCCAAACUCUAGUGCUUCCCUUAUUGACAGAACCAUCAAGAUGAGGAAAGAAACAGAAGCUAGGAAAGUGGUCUUAGCCUGGGGACUCCUAAAUGUAUCUGUGGCUGGAAUGAUAUAUACUGAAAUGACUGGAAAAUUGAUUAGUUCAUAUUAUAAUGUGACUUACUGGCCCCUCUGGUAUAUUGAGCUUGCCCUUGCAUCUCUCUUCAGCCUAAACGCCUUAUUUGAUUUUUGGAGGUAUUUCAAAUAUACUGUGGCACCGACAAGUCUGGUUGUUAGCCCUGGACAGCAAACACUUUUAGGGUUGAAAACAGCUGUUGUACAGACUACUCCUCCGCAUGAUCUGGCAGCAACCCAGAUCCCUCCCUCUCCACCUUCUUCAAUUCAGGGUCAGAGUGUGUUAAGUUAUAGCCCAUCUCGUUCACCCAGUACCAGCCCCAAGUUCACCACCAGCUGUAUAACUGGAUACAGCCCUCAGCUACAAGGUCUGUCAUCAGGUGGCAGUGGUUCUUAUAGCCCAGGAGUGACCUACUCGCCCAUCAGUGGUUAUAAUAAGUUGGCAAGCUAUAGUUCCUCCCCUCCCUCUCCAUACCCCACCACUGUUGGGCCAGCGGAGAGCAGUGGAUUGAGAUCUCGCUACCGUUCUUCACCCACUGUCUACAACUCCCCUACUGACAAAGAAGACUACAUGACAGACCUACGAACUUUGGAUACGUUUCUCAGAACUGAAGAAGAGAAACAGCAUAGAGUAAAGCUGGGCAGCCCAGAUUCGACCUCACCUUCCACCAGUCCUACUUUCUGGAACUACAGUCGUUCUAUGGGGGAUUAUGCGCAAACUCUAAAGAAGUUUCAGUAUCAGCUUGCCUGUAGGUCUCAAGCCCCAUGUGCGAACAAAGAUGAAGCGGAUCUCAGUUCUAAACAAGCUGCAGAGGAGGUUUGGGCAAGAGUGACUAUGAAUAGACAACUCCUUGAUCAUAUGGAUUCAUGGACAGCUAAGUUCAGAAAUUGGAUCAAUGAGACGAUACUGGUGCCACUUGUACAAGAGAUUGAGUCUGUCAGCACCCAGAUGAGACGCAUGGGUUGUCCAGAGCUGCAAAUAGGAGAGGCUAGUAUUACCAGCUUGAAACAAGCUGCUCUGGUCAAAGCCCCUCUCAUCCCAACUCUGAAUACAAUUGUGCAGUAUCUAGACCUUACCCCAAAUCAGGAAUACUUAUUCGAAAGGAUCAAAGAACUUUCCCAAGGAGGCUGUAUGAGCUCAUUUCGAUGGAAUAGAGGUGGCGACUUCAAAGGACGCAAGUGGGAUACAGACCUGCCCACUGAUUCUGCUAUCAUCAUGCAUGUGUUUUGCACCUACCUGGAUUCCAGAUUACCUCCACAUCCUAAAUACCCCGAUGGAAAAACAUUUACUUCUCAGCACUUUGUUCAGACACCAAAUAAACCAGAUGUGACAAAUGAGAAUGUUUUUUGCAUUUAUCAAAGUGCUAUCAACCCUCCCCAUUAUGAGCUAAUCUACCAGCGUCACGUCUACAAUCUUCCAAAGGGCCGAAAUAAUAUGUUUCAUACGUUAUUAAUGUUCCUCUAUAUCAUAAAGACCAAAGAGUCAGGAAUGCUUGGGAGAGUUAAUCUUGGUCUAUCCGGUGUGAAUAUUUUGUGGAUUUUUGGCGAGUAGUGGACCAUUUAAUUCCAAACAUUCGGACUUUUAUCUUACUGAAUCAGAAGUUGAACCAAAGCACCUCUGAGUCUCCGCCUCUUGUUUUAUGACACAUUGUGUGUGUGUUACAGACUAGAUUUAACAAAAAAUUACCUAUUUUAAAACUUCCUUGUGAAAGUGUGUCCUGUAUCUUCUAUAUCAAGAGACAUUACCCACAUUUCAGGUUUUUCCGUUGCUUACAAAACUGUAACUUUUCGGAUUGUUGUUGACCCAAAACAGUGUAAUUGCCCCUUAAUUCAAUAAACAUGAGUCCUUUUUCAUUUUAACUUCCAAAUAAGAAUCAUCUGAUUCUUCCCCACAAAAAUUGAUUUUUCAAUUACAUUAUUUAGUAUAAAUAUACAAAAAACAAGCAAAUUGCUAACUUUUUUUAAUUUUUUAAUCUCUUUCUUUCCCCAAUGUUUGGCAAAUCAGCCCAGGCCCCGUAUUUAAAAAAUGAGAUCAACUUCUAAGUAAUGUGUUAAUUCACAUGUAUUUUUAAAAUAUAAUUGAAAAAAGUUUGACAGUAUUGUGUUUAAAAAGUCAACUCUGGUAUUAAAUUUAGCUGACAGAGUUAACUCUUUGGGUCUUAGUUAAGAAGCUGAGGACAUCAAGAAAACUACUACUUUGGUUUCCAUAACAAGUCAGAUGGGUGAAAUUUUCUAAGAGGCAUUUCUAUAUCCUCCAUUUUAAAAAAUUGGAUUCCAUAAUAUUGUACGAUUUUAAGAGUUCCCUUUAAGAUCAUAUGAUUUCUUACAUUUAAAUUUUUUAGGUGUGUUUUAAAUAUCUGGAGAGUAAGAAGUUACUAGGUUUGUAAGUUUUGCUUGACUCUCCAUCUUUAUUUUCUUAUGUGUGUAUGUGACAUCUCCAAGGCCAGCCAGCAAUUGCAUGUGUUUUCUGGACUGAUACACUUGACUGCUCCCGUCACCUGGAAAUACCUAAAGCCAGUACGUUCUGAGUAACCGCAUGUCAGUACUACCUGUGCAGCCCAUUUUGUGUAAUUUUGUAAAUUCUCUUUUUCAAAAAGUUGUUUCUGUUUUUUAAAAGUCCUGUGUCCACAGGAAAGGAUGUUUCUAUCUUUUAACAGCUUUUGAUGUAUGUUGCUAUGUUUGCUAUGAUAUUUUAGAAGAAAAUAUCAAACAUGUUAAAUAUAAGGACAUGUUGAGAUCUCAGUCUGUUAUUUCAAUAGUUGGUAAAGGUGUCCUAGAAAAACAGUUUCUUUGCUGCUAGGCUAUUCAGAUGCAUAUUCUCUAUUAAAAGCAACUAUGAGAGAAAUGUUAGCAAUACAUUAAAAAGUAUAGGACUUAAGGCAGCUUUUAGUCCAAAAACUUAAAACUAGACUCUUAUUUUUUAAGUGAAUGUCAAAAAUGCAAUAUACUGUAAAUAACCAUAUAAAAAGACUAGGCAUAAAAAAGAAGAUGUACUCUGUUUGCAUGCUAAGUUUAGUGGGUAGCUUUCCUAUGUAACUUUUCAUAAAUGUUUGAGCCAGCUUAUACUUUAAUACAGCCUUUAUUAAAAAUUCACAUUUCAGGAAGACAGUGCAUGGAAAAUGCGGUAAACUUUUUGGUCCUGUAUUAA